AUGGCGACAUCAGAAACAGAACCACGUUGGAGUAUUGAAAUCGUUAAUGAAAAUGAUCUAGUUGAUUUAUUACCUUUAAUGCAUGCUUAUUGUGAAUUUUAUCAUCAAACUGAACAAAUUCCUAUAAUUAGUGAUGAUGCUCUUAUGGGUGUAUCUCGUGCACUUAUAGCUAAUCCAACUCAUGAAGGUAUUCAACUUAUUGUUCGUAAUUUUAAAGAACGAACACCAAUUGGUUUUGCAACUAUAUACUGGUGUUGGUCUACAUUAAUUGGAGGUCGUUGUGCAAUUAUGAAUGAUCUUUUUAUUUGCGAACAAUAUCGUGGUCAAGGUAUUGCUGAUAUUGUUAUUACUGAAUGUGCACGACAAGCACGUGAACAUGGUGCUCUAUCUCUAGCAUGGGAAACUUCAAUAGAUAAUAAACGUGCUCAAACUGUCUAUAAUAGAAGUGGAGCAUCGAAAAGUCAUCGAUGGUUACAUUAUUCACUUUCUUUAUAA